AAAUAAUUUUAUUUUAACAUCCUUUCUUUUUUUAGUUACAUUACAGUACCAAGUAAAUAAAUUUUUUAAGUAUUAUCCGUUGAUGACGAUCUUUUGUAAAUGUUUGUUACAUUCUAUUAUAGAUUUUUCCCAUCCGUGUUAAAUAAUAUAAUGCUAAUGAAUUCGCGUUUCAUCUUCGUUUCAUUUUUCGUUUUACGUUUUCGAAUUCAUAUUAAAAAGGAAAAUGCUCUCAUUAUCAUUUUUCAGUAACAAUAUGGCAUCAAAAACAUUUCGUGUUGCUAAAAUAAUUUUUAAGCGUUCUCAGCCCUACUUCUGUCCAGUAAUUAAUGGCCGUAGUUAUAGCACAGCCAUUACUUCCGGAGACAAUGAACCUUCUUUUUUGGAUUCUGUUCAAAUUUAUUUUAACAAGGCGGCGAAGAUUAGUGGAGUAUCUGAAAAGACUCUAUCUCAUAUCAAAGCUCCUGAUUGUUCGCUUCAAGUCACAUUCCCAAUCGAGGUCGAUGAUGAUAAGGUUGAAAUAUUGACGGGUUAUCGAGUUCAUCAUUCGCGUCACUUGCUUCCAGUAAAAGGUGGUAUACGAUUUUCACCCGGAGUUGAUGAACAAGAAGUUGCAGCAUUAGCUGCACUUAUGACUUACAAGUGUGCUAUUGUCGAUGUUCCUUUUGGAGGAGCAAAAGGUGGAAUUUCAAUUGAUCCCAAAAAAUUUACUUUAGCACAAUUGGAAAGAAUUACGCGUCGUUAUACUGUAGAACUGUGUCAAAAGGCAUUUAUUGGGCCAGGUGUUGAUGUUCCUGCGCCAGAUAUGGGUACUGGAGCUCGUGAAAUGGCUUGGAUUAUGGAUACGUUUAGACAAUUUCAUCCCAAUGAUGUAAAUUCCAUUGGUUGCGUUACUGGCAAACCAAUAUCGUUAGGUGGUGUUAGGGGAAGAAACGAAGCUACUGGAUUAGGUGUGUAUUAUGGUGUAAGGGAAUUUCUCUCCUAUCCUGUAGUUCAAAAAGCAACUGGACUUAGCGAAAAGAUUGAGGGUAAAAGAAUUGUCAUACAAGGAUUUGGUAAAGUUGGCUAUUGGGCUGCAAAAUUUUUUGAAAAGAAUGGUGCAAAGAUUAUUGGUAUUGGAGAAAAGGAUUGUGGUGCUUAUAAUCCUAAUGGCAUCAAUAUUGAAGAUUUAUUCACUUAUCUCGUAAAGGCCGGAACUUUUCAAGGUGCUCCCAAUGUAGACAUUAUUGAUGAUACUUUAAAGAUUCUUGAAUUGGAUUGCGACAUUCUUAUACCAGCAGCUUUAGAAAGACAAAUCAACUUAGGGAAUGCAACGAAAAUAAAUGCAAAAAUAAUAGGCGAGGCUGCAAAUGGUCCUAUAACUCCAGCAGCAAACGAUAUUCUUAUCGAGAAAGGGAUAAUAAUUUUGCCCGACUUGCUACUUAAUGCUGGUGGUGUAACUGUGUCAUAUUUUGAAUGGUUAAAGAAUUUAUCACACAUGAGAUUUGGUCGUAUGACUAAAAAAUGGGAUGAACUUGGAAAAUCUAAAUUAGUAGAACUGGUUGAGAAUAACGCUGGUAGACAAUUAACUGAAUCAGAAAGAAAAAGUAUUGUACAGGGAGCAGAGGAACGAGAUUUAGUUUAUUCUGGACUGGAAGACACGAUGGUAGCAGCUUGCCAGGAAACAAAAAGUACCGCUGCUUCUAAGAAUAUAGACUUCAGAACCGCAGCAUUUGUAAAUGCUAUCCAGAAAAUAGCAAAUGUUUACGAAGGGUCAGGAAUUAUGUUUAUGACUUAAUUUAUGUUUAAAAAUCAAAUAUUUGUUGUUUCAUAUUAAUAAAUUGAAUAAUUGAUAAAAAGAAAAAUAGCCGCUACUUUUCAUUAAACUAAAAUAAAUACAUUUGGAAAAAAGCAAAAACCAUCACAUAUAUUACAAUCAACUUUACUUCAACUCUCGUAAAUAAAUUUUUAUUUCUAAACGACCGUGGUAGGGUUUGAACCUACGACCUUCUGCUAACCCAAAUACAACCGGAGGCAGACGAUCUAUCCACUGAUCUACACGGCC